CUGCUCCCCUCCCCCGCCCUUGGCGCCUCAGCCCUUGGCAGCACCCACACCCCCUCCCGGACGCUACUCCCAAUCCCGCUCGGCCCCUGGGCGCUCCCGCCCUCUGCGGGUGCCGGAACGAAACCGCGAUUCCGCACCGGCCCUGGUGCGCGCGGUGACACUGCGGCCGCCGGCUCUGUCUCCCGCAGCUGGGCCACCUCGCGCAGGUCGCGUGCCCGCCCUAGGCCUGACUUCGCGUCUGGCUUGGCUCCUCCGGUUCUCCCAGUGGGUUCAGUUCUGAAAGUCCCCGGGCGUAGGCUCCUAGGGGGCCUCGGGCCUUAGGCCAAGGCCAGGUACCCAGAGCGAGUGGGGCGCGGAGCUGGGAGGGACGGAUGGGCUGGCCCCUCCUGCGGCCAAGGCGGGGUAGGGCUGUGUGGCCUGGGGGCGGGGGUGCAGCCCUGCGGGGGCAGGACGAAGAGCAGCACCCCGCUUGGACUACACUUGAGCUUCGUGGGAACUGGCGGCUGCCGCAUUUUUAAGUAGAAUACUCAGCUGUGGUCUUGGACUCAUGUCAGCCUUGUCGAAGUGUGAACAUAGGUAGGUGCCUUUUGAGGGCAGGUGGCCUAGGCUGUGGACCUCCGGGAGAGGAUGGUGACCCCCUGGCGCAUUUCUGUCAGGGUCUGCUUGUCGCACCUCAGGGGUUUUGAGCUCAGAAAGAAACUCAGCCUUCUAAGACCCUCUGGAUGCCCUCACAAUGCCAGACUCUGUUGGCUUCUGUUUGGCACUUUGCCCAGACUCAUCUCUGUCUAUGGGAACAUUGGUGAGGGGGCCCCUGAGAGCCUGUGUCAGCGAAGGGCCAGCUGGAGUGACCUGGAUGAAAAUGGGACUCUGGACAGAGUCUCCCAAGAGGGGCGGCUAGGCUGUCUCCUCCUGCACCUCCGGAUUUGGCUUCGGGCUGGGGCUCUCUUGGUGAAAUUCUUCCCCCUCCUUCUGCUCUACCCCCUCACCUACCUGGCUCCCAGUGUCUCUAGCCUCUGGCUCCACCUGUUUCUGAAAGCCACUGAGACUUCAGGACCAACGUACAUCAAACUGGGCCAGUGGGCCAGCACCCGGCGAGAUCUCUUCUCGGAGGCUUUCUGUGCCCAGUUCUCCAAGCUGCACGUCCAGGUGACCCCGCACCCUUGGACUCACACUGAGCACAUCCUGCGGCAGGCAUUUGGGGAGGACUGGGGGAGAGUCCUCUGCUUUGAGAAGCAGGAACCUGUAGGUUCAGGCUGCGUGGCCCAAGUGUACAAAGCACAUGCCAAUCCUGCCUUCCUGGACAAUGUCAGCACCCAGAGACUUGCCAAGGCCUCCAGUCUGCAGCCUUCUUCCGAAGCGGGGACAGCUGGCGGGCUGAGAGAGCUCUCCGGACACCUGGAGAAGGGGUGGAGGCCUCAAGGAAGCCUUGCUGACCAGGCAUUUCUAGAAAAGCUGCUCCUCCCCACAGCUGACCUGGUUGGCUCUAACACAGCAGAGUCUCCGGCUCCAGCAUCUGCCCACCUACCUGAACCAGAUCACCUCGUCCCUGUGGCAGUGAAAGUUUUGCACCCUGGCCUGCUCUCUCAGGUGCAGAUGGACCUGCUGCUGAUGAAGGUGGGCAGCCAAGUCCUUGCAUUUUUGCCAGGAAUCAAGUGGCUUAGCUUGCCCGAGGUUGUGGAGGAAUUUGAGAAGCUCAUGGUCCAACAGAUCGACCUGCGCUAUGAAGCCCGGAAUCUAGAACACUUCCAGUGCAACUUCCUGAACGUGAAUUCUGUCAAAUUCCCCACCCCUCUGCAUCCCUUUGUCACCAGGGAUGUUUUGGUGGAAACAUAUGAAGAGAGCGUGCCCGUGUCCAGUUACCAGCAGGCGGGAAUUCCCGCUGACUUGAAGAGGAAGAUUGCGCGCCUGGGGAUCAACAUGCUCCUGAAGAUGAUAUUUGUGGACAACUUCGUCCAUGCGGACCUUCACCCUGGAAACAUCCUGGUCCAGGGUGCGGACGGUCUGUCCAUGAGCCCAGAAGCGCGGCUGCAGCACGUGGACGUCGGUGACACGCUGGUGGUGGCUGUGACGCCUGCCCAGUGCCCUCUGUGCCUGGUGCUCCUGGAUGCUGGCAUCGUGGCCAAGCUGCAGGCUGCUGACCUGAGAAACUUCCGGGCAGUCUUCACGGCCGUGGCAAUGGGGCAGGGCCAAAGAGUGGCUGAGCUCAUCCUGCAUCACGCUCGGGCCAGCGAGUGCAGGGACGUGGAGGGAUUCAAGGCUGAGAUGGCCACACUUGUGACCCAGGCCAGGAAGAACACAAUCACCCUGGAAAAGCUUCAAGUGUCCAGCCUUCUCUCGAAUGUCUUUAAGUUACUGAUGACUCACAAGGUAAAGCUUGAAAGCAACUUUGCCUCAAUUGUGUUCGCCAUCAUGGUGCUGGAGGGGCUUGGCCGCUCACUGGACCCCAAACUGGACGUCCUGGAGGCAGCAAAGCCUUUCCUUCUGAAAGGACUGGCGUCCCAGCCCUGACUGUACAGGGGCGCGCAGUGGGCCUUCGUUCAGAAAGGAAGGCCACUCCUGACGCCUCUCCUGUGGCAGCCUGAACAUUUUCAAACUGGGCUGCGUGGAGGGCAUACCGUCGCUUUUCACUCUUAUUUGAUUUUAGGCGUCUUUUUAACAGCUUUGGGUUAUUUGGGGAAGUCAAGGGAGGGAAGGGUCCUAUCCAUUCAGUUGUAGAAGCUGGUGGGAGAUUCUAUUUCAGGAAAAAUGUUCUGUGGAGGAGGAUGAAUAAACGUAAUUAUUUUGUUUUCUUGUUUUUCUCUCUUUUCGUAAUCCUCUGUUCUCCCUGAUCAGGUGGGUCUUAGACUCUGAUAAUUAGGUUAGAAAAUGUCACAGAUCUUGUCGUCCGAUGGCUUCCAAUUCUUUUUAAUGCACCCUUGGUAAGAAGUUGACUAUAUUUAUGAACACAUACAUGUGUGAUUUAUUUGUAAAUUUUAUGCAGGUGAUACCACCACUAGCAAAUCUCUUGGAGGCACAAUAUACACUUAGGGCAAAUUUCACUAUACUUCAAAUUAUCUUUUUAUAAUUUUUAAAAAUUUUGCUGACUUCUUGCGAAAUUUUAUUACGAGGUGAAAAAGAAAAGCAACGAUUAAUGUGGCUGACGUAGGAGGGAGAGGAGCAGAAUCAACUGUGUUCUCUCCUUAAAGCUCCCCUGUGCUCGCAUGUUAGUGUUCAGACUGAGGCUUCUCUGAGCACUGUUCAGGCCUUGUCCAUUUGUCCAGGGCUAAUUUGGGUUAAUGUUAAUAUAGAAAUAGUAGAAGUACAGCUUCUUCACCAGGGCUUGACAUCUGCAGUGGCAGUGAGGCUCCAGCAGUGCAUUAAGGGGUGGUGGCCAGUGCCUGCCCCUCCAGCUGGGCCCGGACUGUUCUCUGAAGGCUGACUUGACAUGUGGUAGCCCACAUGGACUAAGGAUCCCAGGGUUAGCUUGUAGAGUGCACAUUAGUAAAGCUUAAUUUCUUGUUUUACUAAAUAAAACUAGUAUUUUCUCCUGCACCCCAGUGGAUGUUCUUGCUUGUUUUUGAGGCCACUGCUUCAGAUAGUGAGUGCAAAGUCAAGCCUUCCUGCUCUCUGAAAGCCCCGCUCUGGCCACAGAACCAGAUUCUUCCACUCUUCUCAAGGGUAAAGUUCCUUUUAGGGAGCAAAUAAGGUUUAAUUGGACAGAGGCACCUUUGGUGCAGUUCUUUUCAGAGGGAAGGAGAUGUUAUUUUUAUAAUACUUCCCAUGUCUUGAGGGGAGGGCAUUGUAAUCAGGCAGUGGCUCCAGGCAGCUUUGUGUGUUGGGGGGACAGAGGUGCUGUUCAGCUCCCUCCUCAUGGGCAUGCCAGCCAGACACAUGGCCCCCAGUGCCACCUGCAUGUCCACUUCCACUGUGGGGCAAGCGAGGGGGCACAAACAGAGCAGGCGCCUCCCUGAACCUACACCGUCACCACCAGUGUAUUUAAUCAAGUCACCUGUGGUAUGUGUCACCUAUCACUGCGUACAA